GUUCGCCUUGUUAUUCGUGGGCUGGGCUACGCAAGGCAGACUUAUAAAUAGGCAAGCGGCGUCUUCGCAAGGCAGUUAGCCGUGUUUGGGCUGAGAGAGACAGAGACGUAACUGUGCCUAGACUGGAUUGCACGUUUGGAAUUUAAACGAAACAAAACGGGUGCCAUUGUGGUGGUCAGAAAUGGGAGAGGGUUUGGGGCCUCCUGUAGGAUGGUAGCAAACAGCGCGGCAGACGGCAAGCACAACUUGUCAGGCUCGUCGAGCUCCGAAUCUUCCGAGUUGGAGCAACUUCAGCACCGGGCCGCACCGAAACCCAAGCUGAGGUCUGCGUCCACGCCAUGCAGGUACCUGACCCACUUCCCCACGUUCAACUGCAAGGAGGACUGCAGGAUCAUCACAGACACGGCGGCCAAGCUGGAGCUGAGUGGCUUCUACUGGGGCCCUCUGGGAGUGGACGAGGCCCACCAAAUGCUGAAGGACGCCCCGCUGGGCAGCUACCUCAUCCGGGACAGCCGGCAGAAGGACGUCUUCUUCACACUGUCCUAUCACGCCAAGAGCGGGCCGGUCAGCGUGCGCAUCGACUACAAGCGGCAGAAAUUCUCUCUCACAGGCAACGAGCGCACUUUCCCCACUCUCUUUGCCCUCUUGGAGCAUUACACCCACUCCCCCAAGAGGAGCCUGAGGGUCCCAUACAGAAAAUGGGAGCCCACCCUGCAGGAGCUUUGCAGAAGGCGCAUCAUGGCGCUCUGCGGCGGAGGGAGGCAGGUUUUGGAGCUGCCCCUCACCAAUGUCGCCCAAGGCUUCCUGUUGGAAUUCCCUUACAAGUUAUGACCUUGUUAUGUGUUAGUUUGACAUUCACCGUUUCAGAAGGACGCUGCCACACGGUGGCCAAGUGUGGAACUGCAUGGUUCUCCAUUGAGUUCACUUUAACUUGCACAAAAUGUGUUCCAUUCAUGAGGACACAUAAAGUGAUUACCUCCAGAGAUGGUGAGGUGGAAGAACACUACAUAUGUCAUAAAAGGACCAUAAUAAUAAAAACAAUAGUGUGCGCUUUCUUCAGUACUACUUGGAAUAUGGAUGUGUGGUGGAGAGUGCGCUUGAAAGCAGGCGCUGCCACGUGAUUAAAUUCUGUGGGAGACUGCAAUACUCUGUUAUCCUAAUGUUUACAUCACACAUGGAUGGUACUGAAUGUGCUGCAGUAGUUUAGAGCUACCCUCUAGUUCAGCUAUGUCUGCCAGGCAGAUAGAUACAUUGGUCAAAAACUAUUAUUUUAUAUAAAAAUGUGUUUUGAAUUAAAAAAACUGGAAGUACA